AUGCUUCUGCUAAGUUCUUUAGUAAUUGGCCUUGCACUGGUUGCAAAUGCCUUUCCAUCUUUUUCACGCGAUAAUACUGAGCUCGAUACUCGUGAUGAUAUCACUGGAUAUCGUUCAGUGGCAUACUUCGUGAACUGGGAAAAGAUUAAUGUUGACUUGAAUAAGGCCAUCUACGGACGCGACUUCAAUCCUCAGAAUCUGACUGCCAGUACGUUGACACACGUUCUGUAUGCUUUUGCCAACAUUCAAACUACAGGAGAGGUCUACCUCUCAGACUCAUGGGCCGACAUCGACAAACACUACACAGGUGACUCAUGGAAUGAUGUCGGCACUAAUGUCUAUGGCUGCGCCAAACAGUUAUUCUUGUUGAAACAGAGUAAUCGAAACCUGAAGACACUUCUAUCUAUCGGUGGCUGGUCAUAUUCUGGUAAUUUCGCUGGUGCUUUGAGUACUGCGGCUGGCAGGGAACUAUUUGCCUCGACUGCCGUCAGCUUGGUGACUAAUCUUGGCUUUGACGGUGUUGAUAUUGACUGGGAAUAUCCCAGUGAUGCCACGGAGGCUAGUAACUUUGUAGCGACGCUGCAGUUACUCCGAUCGGAGCUGGAUAGUUACAGCACCGCUAAUUCGAGCGGUUAUCAUUUCUUGAUUUCUGUUGCAUGUCCCGCCGGUAAAACUAACCCAAAUAAGCCCUAUUGGAACCUUAUAGAAACUCUGCUAACACAUCGGCCAGGUCCUACACACUACCAGCAGCUUGAUAUCACAGGAAUGAGCCAAUAUAUUGAUUUCUGGAACCUUAUGGCAUACGACUACUCUGGAAGUUGGGACACAGUCGCCGGCCAUGAUGCAAAUGUAUACGCAUCCACCAGUAACGUGGCCAGCACGCCGUUCAACACUGAUCAAGCCAUUUCUUACUAUAUCUCCCAAGGCGUAGCUGCUAAAAACAUAGUCUUGGGGAUGCCAUUAUAUGGCCGAUCAUUUAUGGAAACCGACGGGCCAGGUACUAACUACAGCGGAAUUGGAAGUGGAAGCUGGGAAAAUGGUGUAUGGGACUACAAAGCCCUACCUCUGACCGGAGCAGAUGUCUUCGAGCUGGACCAGCCAGUUGCAAGUUACAGCUACGAUUCAUCCCAACGGAUGAUGGUUAGCUAUGAUACCCCUGCAGUUGUUCAGAUGAAGGCGGCAUACAUUGAAUCACAGGGUCUUGGUGGCAGUAUGUGGUGGGAGAGCAGUGCUGAUAAGACUGGGUCAGACAGUUUGAUCGCGACGGUUGUUAAUGCCCUGGGCGGAACCAGUGCUUUAGAUCAGAGCCAGAAUGAGUUGAGCUAUCCUGCUUCUGAGUAUGCUAAUCUUAGAGCUGGAUUCCCUGCUAGCUAG